UGUAUCAGAGGACACCUCACCUCCAACAUUACUGCCCCCUUCACAGCUUGCCAUAAGCACUUCCCUCCUCCUCCUCUCCUCUUUCCCUCCUCUUUAUCCUUUCUCCCCUACCCUCCCCCUGUGCUCAAGAUAGAAGAAUAAAGAUCUGCAAAUGGGGUAAAAUACAGAGAAAAGUAUUACGCCCAAAGGAACAUGGACGUGAACCCGAGUAGUGCUCUAAGAACAUUUCGGAGAUCAAAAGAGUGGGAUACCAAAACUGAAACAGUUGAUUUGGAUGAGUCUCUGACAAAACGAAGAAAGAAGCGUGUUAAGAAGAGAUCGAGGACCCCGAGUGACCAUGAGGAGUCUAUUGAACAGCUGACUCAUGAGCCAACGGUCACAUUCCCUUGUUCUGUCUGCUACCAAGAAAUCAGCCCAGCUGGGACUUUUCUCCAUAAGAAAUACCACAAUGCUCUGAGUACACUGGGUUUCCAGUGGAUGGGGGGGAGGAAACCGAAGCCCUCAGUGGUUAGUAGUCAGAGACAGUUUAUGAUUUCUAAACUGUUGACAUCCUUUAUGUUCAGUGAAAAAGUCCUUCAGGGUAUGAACUAUGCGUUUGAGCUGCUUUGGAAGAAACAAAGGCCAUCACACUUCAAACUCUAUGACAAGGUUGGCCAGACUUCUACACAUUCUCCAAAAGUCUGCCACCUGCUCAUUAAAGGCGUAGCCAUCUGUGGCAACAGUAAUUCAACCUGGAAAGCCGAUCCAUAUGGCAAAUUCACGGUCACAAAUGAUUUUGGUGAUAAAGCCAAUGUGUGCUUUUUUGGUUUGUUUGAUGGCCAUCAUGGCCAUGCUGCAGCAGACCUGGCAUCAAAGGAGUUCCAGGUUUUACUUCUCCAUCAACUGUCUAAACAGGAUCCUUCCUACCAGAUGACAGCUGAGCAGCAGCAACUGAUUGAUUCCUUUCACACCGUGUUUAGGGAAGAAUACAGGGCCAGAGAAGAGGCUUUCUUUUCCACACACAAAACCUUCAGAACCAAUAAAAGGGAGUAUGAGGAAAUACACAAAGCCUUUGCAAAGGCGUUUUGGAGGAUGGAUAGGCUCCUACGUCUUGGAAGGAACGAGGUUUCCCGGGUUCGGUGGAGUGGCUGCUCUGCGCUCACUUGUAUAUUAGAGGGAGUGAUUAAGAACCCAUACGUUAGUAAGGACUGGGCAAAAAUGGAUCAGCAGGGCGUUGACAGUUUUCCCUCCCAGGUCAUCUCUGGGGUACUACACAUUGCAAAUGCUGGUAACGUGCAAGCAGUCUUAUGCAGAAAUGGAAAAGGGUUUUGCCUGACCAAAGAACACAGCACACGAAACACCAAGGAGAGAAGAAGAAUCCUUCAAAGAGGAGCAGUCAUCAGCUCAAACGGCCUCCUGGAAGGACACAUCAAAACCACCAGGGGUCUUGGAUUCCAUGGAAACCCCACACUGAAGAAGUCCAUUAUUUCAGCACCCCAAACGAUUUCUGUCCCUAUAGAUGAUCUAUGUCAGUUUCUCAUCUUAGCCACUAAUGGGCUCUGGGAAGUUCUGGACAAGAAGGAAGUCACUGCACUGGUGAUUACCUUGUUUCAUGCAUAUAAAGAAACAUGUUCUAGUCCUGAAAACAAAUCCUUGCCAUCUGAAGAGCCUUUUUCCCCAUCAGACAGUAAUAUCCGUGUGCUAUUCCAGUACAACCCUGAAUCUGAAGAAGUUAUGUCAUCUACUAAUCUAAUGAAAAGGUCAUCUGAUUCAAUAUAUUCUCAAGCUUGCAUGUAUCAGGCUGAAAAUACAGAAACAUUUCUUCCAGAAAUGACUAAUUAUGACACUUGCAUCAAGAAAGAAACUAACAGCCUACCCACUAUAGACAGUAAGAAGGGAAGCGAGAAAGAACUACAUGCUAAGAAUUUCUAUGAAGGUGCAGCUGAGUACAUUGGCUAUGAACUUGUAAGUGCUGCUUUAGAAGGUGGUUCCAGAGACAGCAUCACUGUUAUGGUAAUGUUUCUCAGUGGGAGUGAGUAUCAGCUGCUGACAUAAAAACAUUCCAAAGACCCAGAGCAGCAAACAGUACCACAAAGACUUCAGUGCACCAGACUCUAGGACAGAUCAUGACUCGGAGAGAAUCAUUCUUGACAGGAAGAAAACACAAAAGCUUCCAGUUAUAUGCAAUGUGUGCUAUGCUCACUACUUUAUGUUAAAGAGAAAGAAAACUCAGUGUUGCUUUUUAUACCACUUUAUUCCAACCUGAGCACCUCAAUAUAAAACUAAACACUGGUGAACUGUUUUCCUUACUAAUUUUGAGUUAUUGUAAAAUGUACAAGUUCUGCUAGCAGAUCGACACUUAAAUAGAUUAAAUCAUCUGACACAUGGUAGAUUUCAUACAAUGAAAAUACCUAAAAUAAUUAGUGCAAUAUACUGAUCAAAAUAAAAUGGACUUUGAAAACCAAGGUUUCAAGAUUAUUACUAAUAACAUUGUAAUACUUAUGUUACAAAUUGCAGGUACAGUGUUAAGGUUCUAACCAUGUAAGAACAGCAAAGCCCCUUCCUUUCAUAGGGGGAAGACAGAAAUAAUUAGCUGUUUUAGUAACUGUACAUUUUGUAUAUGCUUAGGCAAUUCUUAAAUAUUACAGAAAAUAAUAAACAUGGAGACGACAAUGCAGUACUCUAUUUACAGUACAGCUGAAGAUCAUAUUUAAAAUCAAGUUUGAAUGUACAUAAUUGUUAGUGCACUGACUAAUCAUGUCCCAAGGGAACCAGAGCUCCCUCCCUGCUCCAGACAGACCUCUAUGUAAUGGCCAACAGUGAUUAAAGAGAAAUCAGACACCUGGUUUGUUUCCACUUUGUUGAAGAGCUCACACGAAGGUUCGACCACUAUCCAUUAAAAUGCAUUUAUCAGUUUUUCUAUUCCUAAAACAAGAUUGGGUUACACAUGACUUCUUCUUUUCAGUCAGAUUUUAAGAAAUAACAGGACUGAAUAAGAUGUCACUAAUAUUCAUUCUUUCUGGAGAUGUAGGACUGUUUUCUUAGGAUUAUUUUAUUAAUAUGUGGAAUGUACACUUUUUAGCCAAUAGAAGAAAUUACCAUUUGCUUGUCUUCUGUUGCUAAGCAUAAAUAUUUUUAGUCUUCUAAAAAUGUUUUCCUAAAGCUCACUAGUAAUUUUGAAUCUUUCACACCUGACUCUUAUGCCAGGUUAGAGACUGGUGGUUAAGUGUGGCUCCACCCCCACUGGAGACGAGUGGGUCCCUUGCACUUUCCACCAACAAAUUGUACACAGUUCUCUUUUCCCUUUCUACUGUUGAAACAUUAGUCCGAAGAACACAUGCAUGUUAUUAAAAAUUAAGUUCAAAACACUCAAAAUAAUUCAGUAUUAGAAACUUGAUUCUACCAUAAGUCUUUUUGGAAGUCACAUUGGGCCGGCUAGAUGCUCCCACACCACGGUUUUUGCCAUUCAGGAAGCUCACA